CAGCGCGUUCCGACCACGUGAGGGGGAGAUGCUCAAGCACAAAAUAUUUGCUAGACGGAAAAGUUUUAGGAGUUUAUCCACAAAGUGACCCCGUUUCCUCUCUGAGGAGACUCCUGACCACACUAGGGGAACAUUUCUGCGCUUUAGUUUAAACUAUUUUCGAUUAUUAAUUGUUGUUGACUUCCUCGAGGAGUACCACGCCAUGUCAGCUGAGUUGAUCCGGUUUUGAGGAGCCACGUUGGAUCGCGAAGUAAACUCAGUCCACACGUGCUCGGUUAAUCACGCACGCCACGACAACCUGGUCCAGGAGCACUGGGAUCAUAGACCGGGACAGACCGCGCAGGGAUGGAGUUCGAGGAGUCCGGUAUCGGGGAGGAGUGCGGGGUGUUCGGGUGUGUGGCGGCCGGAGAGUGGCCCACGCAGCUGGAGGUGGCCCAGGUGUUGUCUCUGGGUCUGGUGGCGUUGCAGCACAGGGGUCAGGAGAGUGCCGGCAUGGUCCUGAGUAAUGGAGCCAGCCCCCCCACGUACACAUCACACAAGGGGAUGGGGUUAGUGAGCACAGCUUUCCAUCCCGAGGCCCUCAUGAAGAUGCGGUACGGUAACCUCGGUAUUUGCCACACUCGUUACUCCACCACGGGGAUCUCUGAGCUGCAGAACUGUCAGCCGUUCGUGGUGGACACCCUGCACGGACAGAUCGCCGUGGCUCACAACGGAGAGCUCGUCAACGCUCACGCCCUGAGGAAGAAGGUGAUGCGUCAUGGAGUCGGCCUCUCCACCGGCUCAGACAGCGAGCUCAUCACUCAGCUGCUUGCUCUGACUCCGCCCAUGGAGGAGCUGGACGCACCGGACUGGGUUGCCAGAAUAAAGAAUCUGAUGAUGGAGACGCCCACGUCGUACUCACUGCUGGUGAUGUAUAAAGACGUCGUCUACGCCGUGCGGGACCCUUACGGAAACCGUCCUCUCUGUAUCGGACAGCUGGUUCCUAUCUCCAAACUGCACAGCUCAGGGUCUGGAGAGGAGGACACAGAGGGCUGGGUGGUUUCUUCAGAGUCCUGCAGCUUCCAGUCCAUCGGUGCAAAGUAUUACAGAGAGGUGUUACCCGGAGAGAUAGUCCAGAUAUCACAACACGGAGUGAAGACUCUGAGCGUCGUCCCUCGUCCUGAGGGAGACCUCCCCGCCUUCUGCAUCUUUGAAUACGUUUACUUCGCCAGACCGGACUCUAUAUUUGAAGGACAGAUGGUGUACACCGUCCGGCAGCGCUGUGGUCGGCAGUUAGCCAUCGAGGCUCCGACAGAUGCAGACGUGGUCAGCACAGUGCCAGAGUCGGCGACUCCUGCCGCUCUGGGUUACGCUCAGCAGUCCGGUCUGCCUUACAUCGAGGUUCUGUGUAAGAACCGCUACGUCGGGAGAACGUUUAUUCAACCCAACACGCGCCUGAGGCAGCUGGGAGUCGCCAAGAAGUUCGGAGCGCUGACGGACAACUUCGCCGGGAAACGAGUGGUGCUGGUCGACGACUCCAUCGUGAGAGGAAACACCAUCGCCCCGAUCAUCAAGCUCCUGAAGGAGGCCGGGGCCACCGAGGUCCACAUCAGAGUCGCCUCUCCACCCAUCAGGUUCCCGUGCUACAUGGGCAUCAACAUCCCAACCAAGGAGGAGCUCAUCGCCAACAAGCCGGAGUUUCAGGACAUCGCCGGACACAUCGGUGCCGACAGCGUUAAGUAUCUGACCGUGGAGGGUCUGGUGUCGGCGGUGCAGCAGGGAAUCAGCUCCCUGCAGGAGAAGGACAAGAUGAUCAGCUCCAGCAACAAGAGCGGCAGGAGGGUGGGACACUGCACCGCCUGCCUGACCGGGAAGUACCCGGUGGAGCUGGAGUGGUAACCUGUGCUCCAACGAAUCCACCCUGUAGUUACUGCAGCCGCUCUGUGGACUCACCGCCACAGCUGAAACCUGUGAGGACUUUCCUGCUUCUGAUGACCUCCAGAAACCUGUUUACUGCUGAACCUUUGGACCACACUUUGUAGAUGUUUGUAGUUUUUGUUGUAUUAACCUGAAACAGUCCUUACACUAGUUUGUACGUGUGUGUUAGUUUACCCGUCACAAAAACACACAAAGCUAGAGACCAAAAACUGUACUCUCCUUUAUCACGUGAACCCUUCUACCUUUACGUCACACAUUAACCUCUGCGCUCUGAUGUUUUUGUUUUCAUCUGACUGUUGCAUAUUUUUGUUUUUUGGCUUUUGAACAUUUUGGAAAGAUUAUUAAUAAAUAAAAGAAAUGCAAUAGAAA